UCGGCACAACACUUGGUGAAAAAAUAUUUAAUUAACUAAAAAUUUAACCCAAAUAUAACAAAAAAUGACCACAAAAACUAGCACAAUUGAGCGCAAUGCCAACGGCGCUGUCAAAUCCAGCUCACUGCGAGAAAUCUGCGCGCGCGCAUUAACCAAAUCGGAAAAAUGGGAUGACAAGGACGAGUUUCUGGAUGUAAUCUACUGGUCACGACAGGUAUUUGGCAUCAUACUAGGAAUCAUCUGGGGCAUAGUGCCGCUCAAGGGAUUUCUGGGCCUAGUGCUAUUUGCCGGCAUAAGCUGCGGUGUGGUCUACUUGUAUGCCAUCAACUUUCAAAAUGUAGAUGAAGAUGCCUACGGCGGUGCCUGGGAGCUAGUCAAAGAAGGCUUUAUGACCUCAUUUGCCGGCUUUUUGGUUACGUGGAUCAUCUUCUAUACGGGUCUGCACUACGAUACAAUAAUGGCGGCCAAGGCAUCAUAAUAGUAGCAGGCAUAUCACAAGCAAUAAACAAUUCCAAUCGAUGACAGCCAAAUCCCAUAAUUUUUGUUCCAUGUAACUGUUUGUUAACUUUUUUAGCCAAUUAACUGAUUAAUUAAUAAUUGUGUGCAUUUGAUUUGAAAAUACUAUUUACACCGAAUGCCAGUUUGACAUUUUUCUGUGAAAAAUACAAGCCAGCACACUGUUGAAAGCAAACUUGC